AAAAUGCCAUCACUACAAUAAAUUCGACGCGCAAUAUACAAAACCGAAUUCAAAACGUAAACAAACCAAAAAAACUAACAUAAACUAAAAGAAACGUACUGCGACAAGAAAACAAAUAAACGGAUAACUCCCUCAAGCCAUCCGUACGAAUACGGGUGACUGUAAAAGGAGAUAAUAUACGUGCGGACGGACAGGGAUUGGAGGCAUCGGACAACUGUAUGGGAUUUAGCUGUUGUUAUCCCAGGCGUACCCUCCCUGCCUGUAUCCAAAGCCAAAAUGUUUCUUGGAUACCCUAUUUUUGGACCGUGCUUGGGCUAUUCCAUGGCACAGAAACUUCAAUGGGGCGGCGUGUGGGACCCUGCAGGCGCAGCCCAUACAAACGACACGACGUAAGGCGCGCGGGAUCUCUGCCUGAUGUCGCUGCUCAACCGCGAACAAUAGGCACGGCGCGUGGCCAAGGAACGGACUCACCGGCUUGUCUAUCCUCCGCUGCUGAUGGCGCAGACGGACGUGUCUGCUGUUGCGUUGUGGUGGCGCCGCUAUUGCUGCUGCCACUUCUUGGGUGGGCGCCUUUGCUCCGGCUGCCACUGUCGUUGCUGCUGCUGCCGUUGAAAACGCUGGUGCUGGAUCUGCUGCUGUCGUUGAAGACGCUGGUGCUGGAUCUGCUGCUGUCGCUGUUGCUCCUGCUACGAUGCAGCUCGUGCUGCUACUUAUGACGGCCGCUGCAGCUGCUGUGUAUGGUUCCACCGCUGUCCGAAAACUUGGCGAUAUGCCGGAAAAUCUAUAUGCCAAGGAACAAAAGGCAUUUAAGCACUGGUCGGCACAUUUAAGUGGAUAUACAGGUAUGUAUACAUCGGCAUUAGUUCUGCCUUGCAUCUAUAUCCUUAUGCUCACCUUCGAACGGCUUCUGGUUCUUCCUUUCCUUUUUCAGGUUUCAGCACGGCCUCCAGUUCACCAAACGAAAACACUGCCUCGUGGGUCUGCACCGUCGCCCCAAAAACAGGAAUGGCGUGUUGCGGCUUGCCUUUUAUAGGCCGGAUGUCGUAUGCCUGCGGAUUUUUACGUCCUUGCGCAUCCGUUCAUCACGGCCUUGACGUUUCCCCACUUUGAGGUGCCAUCGGGACACAACCCUGCGCCUGCGUGGCUGCAGUUGCCACCAUGGUGCCUCGCUCGGUACCGCUAGAUGGCGCUGCAGUACCUUUGUAAAUUCUUGGCGCCUUCCGUAGCGCUGCCACCUUUUAUUCUUCGUGACCAGCCCGAUGCAA